AUGACGGCGCGCGGCGCGCGACGAUGCGCGACGACGCGCCGAGCGUCGACGCCGGAGGCGCGGGAGGCGAGCGAUGGGAGCUUUGAGUGGUAUCGCGAGCCGCAACGCGUGGCGACGGCGUGCGCGUGGGUGGCGCUCGGGUCGUUCGCGACCUUCGGGGCGCCGAGCGGGACGUCGGCGUUCGAUUUAGAGCUCGUGAAAUCGCUCGUGAGCGCACCGUUCACGGGGGCGGUGAACCCGUUGUUCGAGGCGUUGUUCAAUUCGCUGGGCGUCGUUCCGGCGACGUACGCGUGCUUGAUGAUGCCCGGCGCGAAGGGGAAUAAGUCGCCGUUUCCCGCGGCGCUGUGCGUCGGCGCGAGCUUUGCCCUCGGCUUUUUCGCGCUCGGACCGUAUUUGGUGACUCGCGAGCCGCGAACGAGGGUGAAGAGGAGCGAAUUAGGAUUCGUGACGAGAAAUAUUUGGGAGAGCAAGCUCAACGCGGCGGCGUUGUUAGGAUUCGCGGCGUAUCUGGCCUUUUACGGCGCCUCGAACGUGACGCCUGACACGCUCGCCGGUUUCGCCACGCUUUUCAAAGAGCAAUCCAUGCUCGCGUGCGUGAGCACGUGCGACUUGAUCGUCCUCUCGCUGUGCGUGGCGCCCGCCAUCGCCGAGGACAUGCGUCGCAGAGACGUCGACGACGCCAACGCCCUCGCGUUCGCCAGCGUCCCCGUCCUCGGUCCGGCGUGCUGGCUUCUCGUGCGUCCAUCGUUAGAGGAUUAA